ACAAGCACCCGAUAGAGCAGCAGGUCCACUGGCUUGUGCGCUUGCACGCAACACGGUUUCCGCGUCAACAAAGAGAGACGUCUCUCCUCUACGUGCGCCGCGCACGUGCACGCCUCGCUCUCGCGUCCUUCCACCACCUCCAUCGUGGACGUCACCGUACCUUAAGCGACUUCGCACGGCCGCUGUGUCCCAUUCGACUGACCCUCCAUAAUCCCCUGACCCCCCCCCUCCCUUACUUCCUCGUCUCUUCUUCGUUCCCUUCGCUUUGACCGAACAUCCAAAAUCGCUACCGACCUCAUGGAGCGUGCGGGCGUUGCGCGCGGCUGCGCAUACGUUCUGCUGUGCGCAGUGGCUCUCUGCCCUCCGCUGCUCGCCCGCGAGCCGCUGCUGUUGCCCAACCGCACACAGCCGGUCCCGCCGGUGCCGCUGGGGGAGGCGAUGCCCGCCGAAGAGGCCGGGCUGUGCUGGGCGUGCGCCCGGCGCGAGCAGAACAGAAUGUGGCGUCUCGAGUCGAUCCGCGCGCACGUGCUCAGCGAGCUCCGCCUGCAGCAGGCGCCCAACAUCAGCCGCGAGACGGUGCACCGCCUGCUGCCUGUGCACGCUCCGCCGCUGCAGUUUCUGCUGCAGCGCUACGGAUUCGAGGAGCAGUCCGGAUUCCCCGGCGGCGCGGCCGACGCACCCGUCUUCACGUCGACGAUGAUGCAGAGGGACGAGGAGGAACAUGCCACCACGGAGACGGUCAUCGUCAUGGCCAAAGAGCUCGACCCCAAAGUGCAAGUGAGCGGCAGGCCAAAGUGCUGCUUCUUCAAGUUCAACCCCAGCACCACGAUGCACACGGUCCACAGGGCCAACCUGUGGCUCUACUUGCGCCCCGUGCAAAAGGACACGGACGUGACCGUGCAGCUGAUCCGCCUGCAACCGGCGGCCAGCGGCACCGUGGGUCGCAUCCACAUCAGGAGCUGGAAGACGCGGCUCACGUCGCCCAAAGGACACUGGCAGCGCAUCGACUCCAAGAAGUUGCUGCAGAACAGCUUCAAGUACCCCGAGAGGAAUUGGGGACUGGAGAUUCACGCCGUGGACGCAGAGGGAAACGAAUUGGCCGUCACUGAGCCCGGCCCGCAGGAUGAUGGUCUGAAGCCCUUUCUCGAGGUGCAACUGGUGGACCUGCAGAAGCGCUCGCGCCGUGCCGUCGGACUCGACUGCAACGACCCGGGCAGCGAGUCGCGCUGCUGUCGAUACUCCCUCGUCGUCGACUUCGAGGCGUUCGGCUGGGACUGGAUCAUUGCGCCGAAGCGCUAUAAGGCCAACUACUGCUCGGGCCAGUGCGAGCACAUAUUCCUGCAGAAGUACCCGCACACGCAUCUCGUGCAGCAGGCCAACCCCAGCGGCUCUGCGGGGCCGUGCUGCGCACCCACGAAGAUGUCGCCCAUCUCCAUGCUCUACUUUAACGACCAGCAGCAGAUCAUCUUCGGCAAGAUACCGGACAUGGUGGUGGAGCGCUGUGGCUGCUCUUAGAGAGGGCAAGCGCUGGGCUGGCUGUCGUCCGAGUUGGAGAGGGUGAGGAAGAUGAAGGGAUGAGAAGGGAAUGCGCCCGGAGCGCAACAUACGAGGGUCUGAGACGACUUGUGGCGGGUUUGUCUGUGUAUGUGUGCGGCUGGGGAAUGGCUUUUGAGAACCGCUUUCUUGACAGAUCAGCGUCUCCGUCGACUUAUCGAUCUAUCAUCUAUUUGAGUCGCUUUACGCAGAACAUGAGAGGGAGGUAACGAUUAGUCGAUGAAAAUCGGUUGAUACUCGCACGGUACGUGCAUAUAUUUCGAGCGUGUUAACAUUCGAUUAUUUUAGAUAUGUGCCAAGGCCGUAAUUAUAAUAUAUAUUGGGGGGCACAUAUCCCCCCCAAUAUUCAAAGAUGCUCAAAAUGUC